CCUUCUCGCCAUGCCCAUUGCCCCCCACAUCAUUCUGCGCCCCUUUUGCAUUAGCCCCGUUGGCCGCCGUCUUGGACGGCAUGCCCGGUUCGGCUUCCGCGCGAGCUCCGCCGAGGCAGUUAACUGGGAGAAGAAGCAGGAGAUCAGCAACACGAGGGAUAAGAAAGCCGCGGAGGACACCGGGUUGAAGGCUCUGUAUGAUGAUGGGUUCGGGAGCGUCACCAUGAAGGAUUACCUAGAGGCGGUUAGGAACAUGCCCAAGGACGACGGCGGGCCACCUCGAUGGUUCUGCCCCGUCGAGUGCGGCCGGCCGGUGGUUGCUAAUCCACCUCUGCUGCUGUUUUUGCCAGGAACCGAUGGUAUUGGAAUGGAACUCAUUUUGCAUCACAAAUCUUUGGCCAUGGUAUUUGAGGUGCGCAGCUUACACAUACAAGUGCAUGAUCGUACGCCAUUUGAAGGGCUACUACAAAUUGUGGAAGAAUGUAUCAAAUAUGAGAAAGCUUUGUCACCAAACAGACCAAUAUUUGUAAUUGGAGAUUCUCUUGGUGGAUGCUUGGCACUUCCGGUGGUAGCUCGCAGUCCAAACAGUGAUUUGGUUCUUGUACUAGUAAAUCCAGCAAUGUCAUGUGCCAAAACUACCGUACAAGCAAAGUUGCCUCUUUUGGAACUAAUGCCAAGCAACCUUUCAAUUAUACAUCCGCACCUUCUAAGAUGUUUGAUUGGUGAACCCCUUAAGAUGGCCAUGGUGAGCAUUGAAAAUGACCCUUCUCUUCAAGGGGCUCUGCCAAUGUUUUCACAAACUCUUAGCUCUAUGCUAACUUUAACUUCUGAAAUUGGACAUAUCAUAGAAAUGGAUACUGUUGUGUGGAGGCUCAAGCUUCUUAAGUCAGGUGCAGCCUAUGCCAACUCUCGUCUUCAUGCAGUACAAGCGGAAGUUCUGCUUCUUGCCAGUGGCAAUGAGAACCUUCCGCCAAGUGGAGAAGCAGAUCGACUGUUUAAGACGCUGAAAAAUUGCAAAGUUAGAUACUUUAGGAACCGGGGUCACACACUACUAAUGGAGCAAGAUUUUAAUCUGCUAACUGUCAUAAAAGGGGUCAACAUGUAUCGCCAAGGCAAAAAACGGGACAUUGUGACCGAUUUCCUUCCACCUACAUUUGCUGAGUUCAAGAAAUCAACUGAAGAUUUCAAACAACUCAAUGAAUUACUAAGCCCAGUUAUGUUGUCUACUCUGGAGACUGGAAAAAUUGUUCGUGGACUCACCGGUAUUCCUGACAAAGGUCCUAUCCUGUUUGUGGGUCAUCACCAACUCCUAGGGAUAGAGGUACCUUCACUUUUUCAAGGGUUCUUGAAAGAGAAGAAAAUAACUAUCCGAGCAUUGUCCAACCCAGUAUUUUUUGUUGGAAACAAUUGGGCUUUGCGUCAGGAGUUGUCUCUAUUCGAUGUAGUAUCCGUAUAUGGCGGAGUACCAGUCAGUCCAAUCAAUAUGUAUAAGUUACUUGAGAAAAAUGAAUCCGUUCUCCUCUAUCCAGGCGGUGCGCGGGAAGUUCUGCAUCGAAAGGGUGAAGGCUACCGGUGUUUUUGGUCAGAUAAACAAGAAUUUAUAAGAAUGGCUGCCAGAUUUGGAGUUACUAUCAUACCAUUUGGUUGUGUCGGAGAAGAUGACAUUUUGGAGAUAGCUAUAGAUUACAAUGAUCAAAAGAACAUCCCUUAUCUCAGAGACUGGAUAAAAUCAUUCAAUGCAGAUCUUCCAAGUGUAAGAGAUACUGUGAUUGGGGAGGAUGGGAACCAGGUCUUGCAUCUCCCUGUCGUUCUCCCUAAAAUACCAGGUCGCUUGUACUUCCUGUUUGGCAAGCCAAUCGAGACGAAAGGAAUGGACAAUCUCCUGAUGGACAAGAAACUAGCAAACGAUCUCUAUCUACACACAAAAUCUGAAGUGGGGAACUUAGUGUCUUAUCUUAAGAGGAAGAGAGAAGAAGAUCCUUACCGAAGUAUAAUGCGUCGCACUUUGUACCGGGCCAUUUUGGGUGCUUCAGCUCAAGUCCCUACUUUCAAGCCCUGAAAACAGGAUGUG